UCGGCGCUGCCCGGCCGGCCGAGCAUGCACUGAGCGAGCGGCCCCGGGCUCGGAGCCGCCCCGCUGCAUGCUGUGGGGAGACACGGUCGCGAUAAUAAAUGAUAGAGGAUACAAUGACUUUGCUGUCUCUGCUGGGUCGGAUCAUGCGUUACUUCUUGCUCAGACCGGAGACCCUGUUCUUGCUGUGCAUCAGCCUGGCCCUGUGGAGUUAUUUCUUCCACACGGAUGAGGUGAAAACCAUUGUUAAGUCCAGCAGGGAUGCGGUGAAGAUGGUGAAGGGCAAGGUGGCCGAGAUCAUGCAGAAUGACAGGCUCGGGGGUUUAGACGUGCUGGACGCUGAGUUCUCCAAGACCUGGGAGUUCAAGAGCCACAACGUGGCUGUCUACUCCAUCCAAGGCCGGAGGGAUCACAUGGAGGACAGGUUCGAAGUAAUCACUGACCUGGUGAACAAGACUCACCCCUCCAUCUUCGGGAUAUUUGAUGGGCACGGAGGAGAGUCAGCAGCAGAGUACGUGAAGUCGCGGCUGCCCGAAGUGCUGAAGCAGCACCUGCAGGACUACGAGAAGGACAAGGAGAACAGCGUCCUGUCCUACCAGAGCAUCCUGGAGCAGCAGAUCCUCUCCAUCGACAGGGAGAUGCUGGAGAAGCUGACCGUGUCCUAUGAUGAGGCAGGCACCACGUGUCUGAUCGCCCUCCUGUCCGACAAGGAGCUGACCGUGGCCAACGUGGGCGACUCCCGCGGCGUCCUCUGCGACAAGGACGGCAACGCCAUCCCCCUGUCCCACGACCACAAACCCUACCAGCUGAAGGAGAGGAAGAGGAUCAAGAGAGCUGGUGGGUUCAUCAGCUUCAAUGGCUCGUGGCGCGUGCAGGGCAUCCUGGCCAUGUCGCGCUCGCUGGGCGAUUACCCCCUGAAGAACCUGAACGUGGUGAUCCCCGACCCCGACAUCCUGAGCUUUGACCUGGACAAACUGCAGCCAGAGUUCAUGAUCCUGGCCUCGGACGGGCUGUGGGACGCCUUCAGCAACGAGGAGGCCGUGCGGUUCAUCAAGGAGCGCCUGGACGAGCCGCACUUCGGGGCCAAGAGCAUCGUGCUGCAGUCCUUCUACAGAGGCUGCCCCGACAACAUCACCGUGAUGGUGGUGAAGUUCAGGAAUAGCAGCAAAGCAGAGGAGCAGCAGUGAAGGAGCCCCCGGGCCCGCUCAGGACUCAGAACAUUUUCUCCGCCGUAGGAAGCUCUAGAAACGCCGCCCGGGCUCUCCCGGGAGGAGCGGAUCCCUCUGGGCUCCGUUCCUGGCUUGGCAGAAGGAGCAAUACAACAAAUCCAAGAAUCCGGUUUGUCACCGUGUCCCUGCCUCCUGUGCCCUCGCUGCUCCUCAGGCCCCCACUGGAACCUGCCAUUUCUCACUUUUCUUUACCAGCCCUGUGUAGGUUUUUGUUUUGAUCGCUCCCCUCCCGCAGGCACACGGCAGGGGCAGGGCAGUGCUGCUGCUUUUCCCUCCUGGGUGUCACUGCUCAGAAGCUGCUCUCACGUCCCCCGUGACCUGCAGGGAUAAGGGUGGGUAGGAGGAGGGUUUGUGAUGUGAAGGAGGAAGAGGAGCCACCUCUCAGCCUGCUGCCACUGCUGGCUUUCGCUUUGUUUAACCCCUGCCCAAAACAAACCCCUGCCAAGCAUGUCAGUAGGUAGAGCUCCUGAAUUACCACCUUUAUUCAGGCUGUGCAUUACUCUAAACCAGUUCUUCUAGGCCAUAUUGUAUCCAAACCAACUAAUGGUGAACUUCAGCAAAAUCCUGGGAGUUCUGAACCUCCUGGAUGGGAGCAGAGCUCAACUGGGAUAGCAGAAUGUCUGUCCUUCACCGAGAAUCACCCUGACCUUAUUUCCAUGGCAUGGACUUGGAAAGUGAUGUGAGAGAGAAUGAAUUUCUUCAGUGGCUGUUGGGAAGCUCAUCCAAGCAGGGAGUUCCUCAGAGCUACCCGGCUGGAGUCAAAGCCUGUGCAAGACUUCCCUGUACCACUGCAGGUGGAUUUGGGGUGUUCAUCCCGGGGCAGACCCCACUGGAAGCGGCUUUUGGGAUGACAUGCAAACGCCAGGCAGCAUCAAUGCACUGUAGAGAUGAAAGGUUGUGUUAAAUCUAGAUUUUAAAAGUAUGUUUAGAUCUAACUUUCAGUAUUUAAUUGUAUUUUGGGAUCUGUGACUGCUUUACGUGGGAAUGAGGACAGUUUGGGUUUGCUGCACCUCUGGUACCAGCUGUGUCAUGGCAGAGGGACAGGGCAGGCAGGAUUUUGGAUGGCUCCUUUCUCCUUAUCCUGCCUUACAAAAGUCCUCGGGAUCUGCCC